UUUUACGUAGUACGUAGUAUGCGUAGACUGACGCAUUUCUCCAGGUAGUGUUUGGUAUUUUUGGGAACGUAUUAUUUAUCUUUUAACAAACCCGGAUGCUAUUAUGAACAAAUCGUUGUUUGUAUGUAAAAUUUGAAAGUGCAGUUUCAUUUUUAGAAAGGAUCAAGAACACGUUCACUUGUUCUUAAAGAUGGCUUCGUCUGAUGGAAAUAAAAACACGAACACGGAACCAUGGGGCGGCUUUGAUGAUAACAUUAUCCAGGGUACGGGCUCAGCUGUGAUUGACAUGGAGAACAUGGAUGACACAUCAGGCUCCAGUUUUGAGGACAUGGGCGAGAUGCACCAGCGCAUGAAGGAGGAGGAGGAGGUGGCAGCUGAGGCAGAAGCGACUGAAGAAGAGACUGGUGAAGAUGGCGAGUUUCUGGGCAUGAAGGGUAUCAAGGGACAGCUGGGGAGACAGGUGGCAGAUGAGGUGUGGCAAGCAGGGAAGCGCCAGGCUUCUAAGGCAUUCAACCUAUAUGCCAACAUAGACAUUCUCCGUCCCUACUUUGAUGUAGAACCUAUACAAGUUAGGAACAGGCUGAUUGAAUCAAUGAUUCCCAUCCGCAUGAUCAAUUUUCCACAGAAGAUUGCUGGGGAGCUGUAUGGGCCAAUGAUGUUGGUGUUCACUUUGGUGGCCAUCCUCCUGCACGGAAUGAAGACAUCAGGAACGGUUAUUAGAGAAGGCACUCUAAUGGGAACCGCCAUAGGGACGUGCUUUGGUUACUGGCUGGGAGUUUCCUCCUUCAUCUACUUCCUGGCAUACCUAUGCAAUGCCCAGAUUACCAUGCUCCAGAUGUUGUCUCUGCUGGGUUAUGGUCUCUUCGGACACUGCGUGGUCCUUUUCGUCACUUACAACGUCCACUUCCACUCCCUGUUCUACAUUUUGUGGCUGGUGAUUGGAGGACUCUCCACAUUGCGGAUGGUUGCUGCUAUCAUAUCUCGGACUGUGGGUCAAACCCCCCGUUUAAUCCUCUGUGGAACAUUGGCAGCACUGCAUAUGCUGUUCCUGCUCUACCUGCACUUCGCUUACCACAAGAUUGUUGAAGGUAUUUUGGACACAUUAGAAGGACCCAACCUGCCCCCCAUCCAGAGAGUAGCUAGAGAUUUGCCUGUGGUAGCCACGGCUGCUGUGAAUGCCAUGAAUGUCACAGUGAAGACGCUUGGUGUCAUCCUGCAGUCCCAUUGAUGGUGCCCGACAUCAACGAUGAUACUGUGCCAAAGGCUCAUGGGAUCUUGAAUUCCUCGGUGGGGGUGUUGUAUCUGAGGUCUCCAACUCUUUUCCUGGAGAGCUAUCUGUACUGCAUGUUUUUGCUCCAACCUUAACUUAGCCCACCUGAUUCUAGUUAUUAGCUGGUUAAAAAGUUCAAUUAUAUUAGUUAUAACUGGGGUUGGAGCAAAAAGCUACAGGAAGGUAGUUCUCCAGAAACCGAGUUGGAGACCACUGGCAUAUAAUCCAGAAUGGAGUCUAGGUCUCUGACCAUGGUGGUGACUGGGUAUAGUUAAUGUUCAGCCUUCACCAUGAUAUGUCAUUGUCUCUGUGGAAAAUGACAUACUUACCCUGUUUGUAUAUAUUGUAACAAUUCAAAACGCUACAAGGAGAGAUGUGACAUUCAUACAGUAACUCUCAAAUGAUAGCAAACAACCUUUUUGUAGGGGUCUUUUGCAUUAGUUAAAGCAGCAUAAGUAACACAGAAGCAUUGUUCACACUUGCAGUUGGAUGGGACUCAAAUCACGUUUUACCAUAUCUGAUUGAUAUCAAAUGUUUUUGUCAUUACAUUCUGAAGGCAAAAACGAAAUGGAAUCACUGUGCAGUACCUUGGUUUAGUUUAUUUCAGACCAUUAAAGCAACUUGGGAAGGCAUGGUGCGCACUGUUCUCACUUCAGCUUGCUACAUCACAUUGAGUGAGAUGAAGAAUGAAAACCAAGACCAACCAGCCUUCACCACCUACACACAAACCAUAUUCUUACUACUCACUUCGCACAUACAAUGUCAUUGCUACGGCAACUGGUAUAGCAUGUCAGUAAAUGGCGUCUGUCUGAAAAUAUAAUUUGGUCUUUUGUAACGUUCAAUUUAAACAGAUUGUAUUCCAAAACAGAUCGGAAAAAUGUCAAGGAUUUUGAGAAUGAAAGCCUGCCGUGUGAACAAAGCUUAAAAUGCCCAAUUGUUUGCUUUCCUCUACACGUUUAGAAGUGAUUCUCCAACUCAACACUUUCUAACCUCUGAAGCUUUGUUGCACAGAUUAUGGGGAUAACAUCAAUUGAUGUCUUAAUAUUAUUCAUGUACAAUGGGAGGAGGGUUCCCUAAGGUUGUUUGGUGCCUUCUCUAGUUUUAUGGAAUUACAAAGGAUACAUUUAUGAUACGGGGCAAAUUCAGACUUCUCUACACCGGCAUCCAGAUUCUGAUCUUUUUCCCACAAAUUGGUCUUUUGACUAAACUAAGAUCUAAUGUGCUUUAAAGUGAGACCUGAUGUGAUUUGUCAAAAGACUGAUUAGUGCAACCAGAUUAUUUAGAAUUGUGGUGCUUUUGUAAAUUUGGCCAUUGUUAUAGUUCUUGUUUUACACAAUGCACCUAUCUUGUCUAAAUCCCUUAUGUAAUGUAAUAACCUAACCGGAUAUGCAGUUGAUAUGUAAUAGUGUAAUAACUUAUAUAAUUUGUUUUUGUUUCACCCAGUCAUUUGUUGUAUGGAUUUUCUGUACUUCCAAACACAUUGGGUGGGAUGCAAGGUCAGCCUCUUCUCACUCUGUGAAAUGUUAUAUAUAGUUAUUGUACAGAAAGACACAAUGAAAAUAAACUUCUUGGACCUAAA